GAGCAGUACUUGGGCCGUGGGGCGGCUGCGCGGCACGCAGAGAGCUGCCCUGGGGCGGCGGGGAGCGGAGGAAAAGGGGGAGUUCAAGUGUGAAACUCGGUGAUGAGUAAAAACGGACUAUAAUGACACAAGGGAAGUGACAUAACCAUCUCCUGACUGGAGGUGACUGGAAGGUCCAGAAUGCACGAGUCCCUUUUCUUCUUGCUAAAGGGCCUGGUGGCAGGCAGAGAAUACUGACCUGAGAUGGAAGUCAGAACGUCAUUUAGCAAAACCAGUCGGAUUCCUGAAACUGUAUCCACGCUAACUAAUGAAGAAUUUGUCCUGGUUCAUCAGCAAUCUGGGGACACAUCUGGCAAAGAUGAAAAACCUCAGCUAAAGGUAUUUUCAAAUGGAGAGGAUCAGCUGGAGAAGGCAAUGGAAGAGAUUCUGAGGGGUUCUGAAAAGGACCAGAACAAUUCCCCUGCUCUCCGAGAAUGUUCCAGUGAUGCAAGCGGGCUGACAGCUGGAGAUGGGUCAGCAGCUCAAACAAAUCACCCAUCUUUGCACCUUGUUUUAGACCCGUCUACUACAGAAAUCUCUGCACCAAGGCCAUCCUCUCCCAGCGAACCCCUGGAAGAAGACAGCGUAUUGUUUAACAAACUGACUUACUUAGGUUGCACAAAGGUGUCUGCCCCUCGCAAUGAAGCGGAAGCGCUACAUGCCAUGGCAAGCAUGAAAUCCGCCAGUCACGCCCCUUUACCUGUAACGCUCUAUGUUCCAAACAUUCCAGAAGGCUCUGUAAGAAUAAUAGAUCAAUCGAGCAAUGUGGAGAUAGCCUCUUUCCCCAUCUAUAAGGUGUUGUUUUGUGUGCGUGGACAAAAUGGGACUCCAGAGAGUGACUGUUUUGCAUUUACUGAAAGCAGCUGCGGGACUGAAGAGUUCCAGAUUCACGUUUUCUCCUGUGAGAUUAAAGAGGCGGUCAGCCGAAUUUUAUAUAGUUUCUCAACAGCAUUUAAACGUUCUUCCAAACAAGCGUCCGAUCACGUUAAGGACUUUGUUCUUCCUACUCCAGAUAGUGAUGUGUACACUUUCAGUGUUUCCUUAGAAGUCAAAGAAGAUGAUGGGAAAGGAAAUUUCAGCCCUGUGCCGAAGGAUAGAGAGAAAUUAUAUUUCAAGCUUAAACAGGGAAUUGAGAAGAAAGUGGUGAUUACAGUUCAGCAGCUCUCGAACAAAGAACUGGCCAUCGAAAGAUGCUUUGGGAUGCUGCUAAGCCCCGGACGGAACGUGAAGAACAGCGACAUGCAUUUACUAGACAUGGAAUCCAUGGGAAAGAGUUCUGAUGGGAAGGCUUAUGUUAUUACUGGAAUGUGGAAUCCUAAUGCAUCCGUGUUUCCAGUACUUAAUGAGGAAACUCCUAAAGAUAAGCUGAUCUUCAUGACGGUGGCAGUGGACAUGGUUGUCACUGAAAUAGAGGAGCCAGUCCGGUUUUUGUUGGAGACUGUUGUGCGUGUGUAUCCCGCCAAUGAACGCUUCUGGUACUUCAGCAGAAAAACCUUCACAGAAACUUUUUAUAUGAAGCUGAAACAGUCUGAAGGAAAAAGCCACACCGGUGCUGGAGACACAAUGUAUGAAGUUGUCAGUAUACAAAGAGAAUCUGCAAGAGAGGAAGAACUGGUCAGCCCGACGAGUGGAGGGGGGCCGUCAUCGUCCCAGGAGGAUGAAGCAGAAGAAGAGAGUGACAAUGAGCUCUCCAGUGGCACUGGUGAUGUGUCAAAGGAUUGUUCCGAGAAGAUUUUGUGUUCCUGGGGAGAAUUACUGGGCAGAUGGCACAAUAAUCUUGUCGUGAGACCAAACGGAUUAUCCGCCCUGGUGAAAUGCGGUGUUCCGGAGGCGCUGAGGGCAGAGGUUUGGCAGCUGCUGUCGGGAUGCCACGACAACCAGGCGAUGCUGGACAGGUACCGAGUCCUCAUCACAAUGGACUCUGCUCAAGAGAGCGUCAUCACGCGAGAUAUUCACCGUACAUUUCCAGCCCAUGAUUAUUUCAAAGAUACGGAAGGAGACGGUCAGGAAUCUCUGUACAAAAUCUGUAAGGCGUACUCUGUCUAUGACGAAGACAUCGGCUAUUGCCAGGGACAGUCUUUCCUUGCAGCUGUGCUUCUACUGCAUAUGCCGGAGGAGCAGGCCUUCUGUGUGUUUGUGAAAAUAAUGUAUGACUAUGGCCUGAGGGACCUCUACAGAAAUAACUUUGAAGAUCUCCAUUGCAAAUUUUUCCAGCUGGAGAAGUUAAUGCAGGAGCAGCUACCCGACCUGUACAGCCAUUUCUCAGACCUCAAUUUGGAAGCUCACAUGUAUGCAUCCCAGUGGUUCCUCACUCUGUUUACUGCCAAGUUUCCACUCUGCAUGGUCUUCCACAUCAUCGACUUACUCCUCUGUGAGGGUAUGAACAUAAUCUUCCACGUAGCUUUGGCUCUCUUAAAGACCUCAAAAGAGGACCUUCUUCAAGCUGAUUUUGAAGGAGCUUUAAAAUUCUUCAGAGUUCAGUUGCCCAAGAGGUACAGAGCUGAGGAGAACGCCAGGAGACUGAUGGAACAAGCCUGCAACAUUAAGGUGCCGACAAAAAAGCUGAAGAAAUAUGAGAGAGAGUACCAAACAAUGCGGGAGAGUCAGCUGCAGCAGGAAGAUCCCAUGGACAGAUACAAGAGGGAAAACCGCAGGCUCCAAGAAGCAAGCAUGAGGCUGGAGCAGGAGAACGAUGACCUCGCCCAUGAGCUUGUAACAAGCAAAAUUGCCUUACGGAAUGACCUGGACCAGGCUGAAGACAAAGCGGAUGUUUUGAACAAAGAACUUCUCCUGACCAAACAGAAGCUAGUGGAGACUGAAGAAGAGAAACGGAAACAGGAAGAGGAAACUGCUCAACUGAAGGAAGUCUUCCGGAAGCAGCUAGAGAAGGCAGAAUCUGAGAUUAAGAAAACCACAGCCAUUAUCGCAGAGUAUAAACAGAUUUGCUCCCAGCUGAGCACCAGGCUGGAAAAACAACAAGCGGCCAGUAAAGAUGAACUGGAAGUUGUGAAGGGUAAGGUGAUGGCCUGCAAACACUGCAGUGAGAUUUUCAGUAAGGAGGGGACGCUGAAGCUGCCUGCUGUGAGCACAGACAAUAAAGGCCUGGAAACAGAUGAUGAGAAGGACGCACUGAAGAAGCAGCUGAGAGAGAUGGAGCUGGAACUUGCACAGACCAAACUGCAGCUUGUGGAAGCCAAGUGCAAAAUUCAGGAGCUGGAGCACCAGAGAGGAGCCCUUAUGAAUGAAAUCCAAGCUGCCAAAAACUCUUGGUUUAGCAAAACGCUGAACUCUAUCAAAACGGCCGCAGGCACGCAGGCGCCCGCGCAGCCCCAGCCGCCCCCGCCCCCCAAAGAGGGCAGCACAUAGUCCCCGCCAGACCCCCACCAGAGCACAAAGAACAACCCCACUGGAACCCGGGAGGGCGCGUCCAGUGGCCUCUCCUCCUGGGGAAAGGACAAAAGGCAGGAGCGCGGGCUUGAAGUGAAAUUCUUCAGUGUUUUUCAUUCAUUCUGAUGUGACCCUUUUCAAAGGGGGGAAAAAAAAUAAUUCCUGUUUUAUGUUGAAUUCUUACUUCCCAAACUGCCUUGCUGAAAGCCACGUUCUGAUACCUUCAUACUUUUACACUUUAUUUUCUAUGACUAGAUGUUAAAUAAAUACUUCAAAUCUAGGUCUUUAAUACAUGACUAAUUAUUCAAAAUUAUUUUUAUCUUGCAUAGAAGGUUUUUUCUUCUUCUGGAGGAAGGGAGAGAAUGGAAAAUGCCAAGUACCGAAGCAUAACCUCUUCCUAGAAAGCACAGUGUAAUAAGUACUUGUGUGUGUGCGGGUGUCGGCGAUAACUGACGCCCUGGGACCAUCUCAGAAGUUUAUCGCAGUGACUGCGUCCUGCAGAGAAGCACUUUUUGUAAAGCUUAGGCCAUAGCAAAGCUAGUCUUGUGCUCUUGGCACAAUUGUGUAGGAGCUUCCCUGGUAAUUUCUUAGUUUGGAUUGGUUUUUUCUUCAGAAAUGCAAGUAGUGCAGUUCUUUUGUAGCACUGUUGUUUAACGGCUAUUUACAGCUGAACUGGAAUUUAACAUAAAGUUACGUAGGUCCCUUUUUUAUUUCAUGUUUAUACUAAGAAUUCCAAGAAAUAAUUCCUUCCGCUGGGAUAAAGGGAAAACUGCUCAUUUAUUUGAUGUUUUUGCUGAGAAGCAGAGUUGAUGACCUUGCAUAGUUUUGACCUUUUAUAAAUCCCGUGCAAUAGAGGGUAGGUUUUAUGAAUAGAAGUAAUGAAAACCUUUCCCUGGGUCUAUAUUCAAAUUCUGAAUUUGACACAGAAAUGAGGAAUCAAAGAAAUCCAAAACACUUCUGCUUCACUGAUGAAUAAAGCAUCACAGAAGCGAGAUCUGUUUGCUGCAAGUAUUUGGGUAGGAAACGCUAUGUUGGUAUUACUUAUUUUUCUAAAACCAAACAUCUUCAAGUGGAAUAUGAAACGUAGACUUUCCCGUGAGGUAGACUUCUCUGAUGAUUCCCAAACCCGUCUGGUUGUUUUAUAUCCCUUAAGGUAAGAAAAUACAAAAGCAUUUGUUUUGACUGAACAGAAAGUGUUUAUAGAAAUACUAUUGCUUGAACUGAUGGAAUAUUUUUUUAAUUAUACUUGUCACGUCUGAAGAUGGUCUUGCAGGUAAACAUCAUUAAUGGAUUAAAGGUUGUGUAUUAAUUGUUCCAUUUACAAAGUUGUUCCAGGGACGUUAGUUCUCUUUUCAUCUUUUUUUAAUUCUAAGGAAUGCCAUAUCUUGUCAGUUUUGUACAAUAAAAUUUAAUGAUACCCAUCUGGUGCUUCGUUGUCAAGCAUAACUGUGAAUUAUUUUAAACAGCAUAGUACAAAUGUAAUGUUCCCUGUGCCAGAGGAAUGAUUCUGAAAGGCAGGCAGCUGUUGGAAGUAGAGGUCAAAAUACAAUCACUAUCCUGGCACAACUGACCUGCCACGAAAUUCUCUCUUCUAAGAGUAAGGCAUUAAAAAAUAAAUGUCAUACUUCAAAACAUACCUCCAAGAACAGCGAUUGUCGCAGAUAUCGAAAAGGGGGAGGAGGGAAGCAGAAGGAAUUUCUUUUGCAAAUAUUAACGAAGUUAUUUUCCCCUGAUCACUUUCUUGCUAAUAAUAUUUGCAUCAAUGUUUCCGUUCUCGUGACUCUCUAAGCCCAGUGUUAGUCAUUCACCCACCGGUUCUGCUUCCCACUCAAAAUGAGCUGUGUAAUAAAUUUUAAGUGACAUUCCCAAAUAGCUGGUGAACAUUUGAGAGAACCGCGGUACUGACGAGCGACUGUUUGACAAGUGGCUGAAUUUCUCAUCGCAUUUCUCUUAAAUCAUAUUCAGCAGCGGAUUUAAAACCUUGAUUGGAAAAAUGCAGUACUAAUACUUAAAAGAAAAACAGUUAAGACUGUGAUUUCCUGAGCAGCUGAGUUAACGUAGCAGCUGCUCAAAGAUCUCGCACCUCCGGCUGCCCGCUGGGGAGUUGUGUCCCUCGCCCUUGUUAUGGCAUUUACUGGAGAUGAUUAAAAACAAACAGAUGCAGGUGGAUUCUCCCCACCUCUGGUUAGUCUUUUGCCAAAUUAAUGAGUUAAAUCAUCUCAAAGGGUCCAGGGAAAGCAAGCGGCUCAUGGGAGCGGCCCUUCCCCACUUGAUCAAAAAAGGACUGCUAACUAAACUCACCGAAGCUUUGACUCAAUGUCUUUUUCAGUGUAGCAGCUCUCUGACUGUGGAAGUUGAGUUUCUGUGACAAAACCACGUCUGCUACCCGCUAGUGUGGUGAUUUUGAAAGCCGGUGGGAUGGCAGCUGGCGUAUAUCAGCAAAACCAGUUUCAGAUGUGUUCUCACCCUCAGCAGCGACAUGAAGCUGGUAAGGCCUUCCCACCUUCCAGCUGUAGGUCCUGGGUGGCCUCCGUAGCAGCGGCAUUUGGAAGGGUCAUAUUUACGUGGAAACUUUUGUCUUCUUAGAACUACGGAAAGAAUAAGAAAAUAGCUCUAUGGGAUCAUCUCGAUGGAUAAGCGUAGUUCUAUUCAGAAAGGAGGAAAGGAGCAGGACGGCAGGAUUAAAGCAGGGAAGCUGAAAUUCUACCUGCUGGCUAUAGGUGCUGUUGGGAAAUGUAGCUUCCUGUGAGAAAGCGAGUCGGGGUUGUAAUUAGCCUUUCAGCAGCGUGUGACGGCUGCGUGCACGCGUAUCCCAGACCGACUGAUCUGCCAGGGAGAGGUGGCUUCUUUAGAGUUUUAGCAGGAAAUAUCAAAGUUGCACUGAAACUGUUCUUUUCACGUGGCACCGGAACAGCUAACGGAGCCCCUGGGGCUGGAGAGCUCAUGUUUUUGUCCUGAGUGAGUAUUAAACGGUGUGUCCACAUCAAAUUUACAUUAAGCAUAUUUUGAAUUUUAUAAACGUAUAUGUGGAACUAAAUCUUAUUUUUUAAUUUUAUUGAGGAUGCGCCGUUCUGAAUUAAAGCCUUUACUUUAGUGAGAAACGUCCAAAGAGUAUUUUUAGUACAACUGUUUUAUCUUGGUGGACUCUAAUCUACUCCUGAGAUGCCCAAUAUGAAAAAAGGUACUUUUUUUUUACUUCAAAAAGUUGUUUUUACUUUGACUGUAACACUUUACAGGAUAAAUGAAGCAAGGCUGAUUUAGUGACAUGAUACAUCUGUGAACUAGUCCUGUAUUAUCUUUGUGACUCAAACUUAACAUUCUAAACUGAUAGGACCUGUUUCACUUUAACAAAUUCUACAUGUACCUGGAGAGAAUUAAAAACAAUAAAACAGAAAAUAUCGUGUGGUGUUAACCCAAGAAACUGCAAAGACCCUGAGGCCUGUAUGCAUUUAAUAAAACUGGUCUUGGAAAAAGCAGUCAGACAGGUAAUCAGUACUGCCAGCUGACAAACGUGUCCUGCCCGUUAACGAGCAUAUUCUCUAGUUUGCCACAGCUAAGUUACAUUGCUUACAUAGGUAAGCAAUUUCUUUUCCUUGUUAGACAUUUUAAAGGACUUUGCUUGGUUGGCCCUUGAAAUUUCUUUGAAGGUAAAUGCUUCCAUCUGUGCCAAUGCAACUCGAAAUAAAACCAGCUAUUUACAAGGGGAGGGGGAGAUAGAAAGUCAAAACCGGUGAGAAUUCAGCCCCUUGACAAAGCAUGAAGUAUCCCAUUGGCAUAAGAGUCCUGAUGCUGCUCACUGGCAGUUCAGGAGUAAAGAAAAAUCUGAAUUUACUGGCAGUGAAGUACCAAACCAGUGAAGCUGCAUAGGUCAUGCUUUCUCCACAGGAUAAAGGUUGGGCUGUUCUUUUCCUUCUGUUAAGUAGUUGCAGCAAAAUCCAUGAAGCUACUUGUAUGUGUGGGAGAACUAUACCUCUUACUUUGAUUUACUGCUAAGACUCAGGGAUAAUUGGCCUCCUUGUGCAUAAUCUAAUACACGUGAAUGCCUUUGGCGUUGAAAACAGAAACACUCUUACCUUACAAUGCCGUUUUUCUUCCAACUGCUAGAGAGACGACCUCGGUACCUGUUACAGUUAGAAUGUGACCAUCAGGGCAGAGAUUUUCCUCUCGCGAUAGAGGAACGGUUGUGGCUGACAAGCACACCUCCGUAGAGCCGAACCCUGCAGGCAGCUGCCCGCACGAGACAUGCAACGCCGUGCGUGCGCCGUGCCGGGCAUUGUGCUGUUCUUGCAAACACAAAGGCUUGAACUAAAUUACUUUUCCACCUGUUAUGCUAAUAUCCUGCUGGGAGCUGUGCCAUUGCCUGCUCCCAAGUUAGAAUACUGUGGGGAAACAAGGAAGCGCCCCAGUCUGGGCCUUUCGGGUUAGGUUAGGCGUACGUCACGGUAGCCUGUAACACCGGGCUGAUCCGUGGGUCGGUUUGGGGAAAUCUAAAAGAAUUUGCAACUGGAUAAACAGUACUCAGCACUGAUCGAGAUCCUAUCUUUCCCGAGUCAGAAGUCUACAUAAUUUAUGUCAAGAUUGUGACUUAACACGUCCAGGUUAAUCCUCCAGGAAUACAGGGCUCUCCAUUUCUCCUGGAUUCCAACUGCUUUGCUACUGAAUGUAUUUCAUGAUAUUUUUACCUGAAAAAGAAAAAAAGAUAUGGUAAAGAAUUAGGACAUCACUUCCUCUUAUUUUCUUAUUUGGUGGGACUUGCUUUUAUUUAACCUGUAAAGGAAUAUAUAUGUAUCUUUGGAAAACUAUAUCUUAUAUAUAGAAUAAUAUAUAGGAAACUGAAUCACAAGGGGAUAAAUACAUCGAAAGGAUUUGGCAUCACAAAUUUCAUCUGUGAUUUGAUCCCACCCGAAUCCUCGGCUGUGCUCAUCCCCUUUCAGUUUCUCUUAUUUUUGUAUUUUAUAUAAUACAUGGAUGGUACUAUCAAGAUGUUCUUAGCUUUUUCUCCAGUUCCCUCCUUCCAGCAACCCCCGGGCUUGCACUGGUUCCGACACCACCUUCCAAAGCGGUGCCUGGAGCUCUCUGGAGCUUUGGGAAUUGCUCCUUUCCCGCGGAAGGCGAUUCUCUGUCUUCUCCGUGCUGGGGAAGGACGGCACGCGAAUGCAGAAAAGUGUCUAAUGAUGCGUGAUCCAGACCCGUGUCCCUCGGGAUUCACUCCAGCACGUUGAGAACGAGGAGCAGCUUUAACGCUGCGGCUCCGUUCCAGCGGUUUCGCAGGGUCGGAGCUGCAUUCGUGGUCCGGGCGCGGAUCCUGAAGGGGCAGCAAAAGAGAGAGCAGCCCAGCGGAUUGAACCGAGAACAAUUCAGUACUGCCAGUACCUGUGUGACAAAUCCACGUAUUAUAUAAAGUAUAAUAUGGAAAUAUAAGUGUGAUGCUCGUUAUUAAAAGUGCAAUUCAAUGUACACGGUCACAACAAAUGUUUACUUUUCUAAUUGUUACCGAAUUGUUUGGAUCAGUCCCUUGUUUCCAUUGUGUGAGCGAUGCCUUGUAAAAUAAAUGGAAAUAUGAGUACAAUGGGAAUAAGGUGCUUAUUUUCAUG